AAAAUGCAAAAUGACAUAUAGCAAAUGUCGGAGCAUUAUUCAUUCACAUUUUCGGCUCAAAUUCGGACCUGAAUCGCACCGCUGGAGCUCCAAUGUGACGAUGGCUCGUUAGGGCUGGUGGCACAACGGCGAUUUUUUUGAUAUUUUAAUUUAUGAAAAAUCACAUUCACAGACAGAUAUUGGUUUCAACAUGGGGCUGUGCUACAGUUUGCGUCCCCGGCUCUUCGGGGACCUGAGCGGCUCUAUCUCCAACGCUACCUCGGACUCGGACCAGCCUCCGGACGCCGCCGUGCCUACACGCGCCGGGGGAGCUCGCCAGGAAGAUACCGGGGGAUGCGGGGAGACUUCGUCGCUACGCGGCGGCCUGGUGCGCCCCGGGGACCCUGCCAGGCUCCCGGGCGGGGAGCACCGCCGUGGAGACACAGGUACAGACGGUGUGCUCAUACAAAACGGAGGUGGCGGAGGUGGAGGCAGCGGUAAAGGGACGGGGAAGGACCGCGGCCGACGCUUACAGCUGCUGCAAAAAACAAGCACCCAAAAGCAGAAAAACUGUGACAAAUUGCUGGUGGAGGAGAAGGAGGCCGAGAAGGAGGCGAAGAAAGUCAGUAAGAAUAUUGACAGGGUGCUGAAGGAGCUCAAACGGGAGUACAAACAGACGCAUCGGCUGCUGCUGCUCGGUGCGGGAGAGUCCGGAAAAAGCACCAUUGUGAAGCAGAUGAGGAUUCUACACGUCAACGGCUUCAACGCAGAGGAAAAGAAACAGAAAAUCCAAGAUAUUCGGAAAAACGUGAAAGAUGCCAUAGUGACUAUAGUGUCUGCGAUGAGCACUUUAAUACCCCCAGUCCCACUAGCCAACCCAGAGGACCAAUUCAGAAUCGAGUACAUCAAAAGCAUAGCACCCCUCUCUGACUUUGACUAUUCACAGGAGUUCUUUGAUCACGCAAAGAAACUGUGGGACGAUGAAGGAGUGAAAGCAUGCUUUGAGAGGUCCAAUGAAUACCAGCUCAUCGACUGUGCACAAUAUUUCCUGGACAGAAUUGAUUGUAGACAGAGCGACUACACACCAACGGACCAGGACCUGCUACGCUGCCGAGUGUUAACUUCAGGGAUUUUCGAGACGAGGUUCCAAGUAGAUAAAGUGAACUUUCACAUGUUUGAUGUUGGGGGCCAGAGAGAUGAAAGGAGAAAAUGGAUUCAGUGCUUUAACGAUGUCACUGCGAUCAUCUUCGUGGUGGCCAGCAGCAGCUACAACAUGGUAAAGGAAGACAAUAACACCAACAGGCUACGGGAAGCCCUGGACCUCUUCCGCAGUAUUUGGAACAACAGAUGGUUACGCACUAUAUCUGUCAUAUUAUUCCUGAACAAGCAGGACAUGCUGGCUGAGAAAGUACUAGCUGGAAAAUCCAAAAUUGAAGACUACUUCCCUGAAUAUGCUCGCUACACCAUACCAAAUGAAGCAACUCCUGAACCUGGUGAAGACCCGAGAGUGACGAGAGCGAAAUUUUUCAUCCGAGAUGAGUUUCUUCGGAUCAGCACUGCGAGCGGCGACGGCAGACACUACUGCUACCCCCACUUCACCUGCGCCGUUGACACAGAGAACAUCCGGCGGGUGUUCAACGACUGCCGGGACAUCAUCCAGAGAAUGCACCUGCGGCAGUACGAACUCUUGUGAUGGGAGACUGACUCUGUCAACCUUCUGUUUAUUUUUGUUUUUUUUUUUCCCUCCACCAUUCUGCAUCCUUGACGAACCUUUCCUCCUCCUCCUCCCUGACUCUUCACCCUGCGCCUCCAGAAGAAACCUACCCUGACCGCCCCUCCUGUCGAGGACUAUAAAGUACUACUGAAGUGUGUCAAAUCCUCUUCCUCUUUUUAACUUCUUAGCUUUUUUUUGUACUACCUUUUUUUUUUGUUUUGUUUUUUUUCUCUCUGAGACUCAUCCCCAUUUCACAGAUUUAAAAGGAAAGCUGGGGAACAAAGUUGUGUGCCGCUUCUUUUUUUUUUUUUUUUUUUUUCUUCUUUUAAUCCUUCCUUUUUGAAUGCCUUGAUUUUUGUCAUUCCACUAAGCCUUGGGCUACCUCCUUUUUAUUUUAUUUUAUUUUUUUUGCCCCUUCGUGUCCUGUUUUUGGCUUCGUCAUUGGACUUGGACUGGUGGGUGUGGACACAUAAAACACACCUAGAGGACCUCAAUGAAGAGGCUGUGUGUGUGUGUGCGUGUGACUAAUGAAGAGAAGGAGGAAUGCCAUGUGAACGAGUGUAUGUGCCCCCCCCCCUUUUUUUUUUCCCCGUCACCCUGCCUCCACCCUCUCUGACCGCCUUCUUCUCCCCGCGUUGAAGACGACUGGACAGAGGGGAACCGAAUGGCUGAAGAGAUAAAUGCACUUUGCAUCAGGUUCCUUAACUUUUUGUUGUUGAUUUUUUUUUUUUUUCUCCAGAGGAAGCAUACACACAAUGUAGCAUCACAAUAUUUAUUACCCUGUCACCCUGCUUGCCGAGCUGCAGGGCGGACCGAGCAGCCGAGAAGACGUGUGGAGCGAAAGAUUAAAGGUGGGAGGGGGCAGGAAUUACGUUGAAGACGGAUUUAAAUGAAGGAAAAGGGACUGAGCUCUCUGCAACUUAGCCCUGUUGCCUCCACGGACUCGGACCUGCCUCCUUUUUCCACACAAACCCUCCUUUUAGCAUAGAGAUACUGAUGGGGAGGAGGGUGGGUGGGAUGGGAGAGAAAAAAAAAUGUAUUCUUUUUUUUUUUUUCGUUUUGUUAACUUGUACACUGUGCAAGGUUGAAUUAUCCUGUACAGACUGUAAAAUGUAAUAUUAUUUUGUACAACUUAAUUGAAAGAAAAACAAAUCUACUUGUAGAUCUUUGUGCCUUGAUUAUGGCUGUACCUGUAAAUGAGCUCAGAUGUAAGUAUGUUUUCAACUGCGCUGUACAGCUUGAUGUCAAACUCUAUCGGCAGCGAAAGACUGCAGGUAGGGGACUUUCUCUGUAGAGUUUAGUUUUUUCUGGUUUAUAAAAAAAAAAAAAAAAGGAAAUGCUGUUUAGUAAAAAAUAAAAAAUAGGGAAAAAAUCCUAAAAACCUG